AUGUCUUCUUCCAACGCCAGCCAGCAGAGAGAUAGAAUAUCUACACAGCAAUACCAAUGUGAUCAAUGUGUCUUGUUUUUUGAUAACUACCAGAAGCUGCAAAACCACAAGAGAAUUCACAGAGGAGAUUCAGCAACAAUGACUGAAAUUGACCAGUCUAUUCUGGAUGAUGUUGACAUGUACCAUGACGAAAAUGAUACUAAAUAUACUAUGGAGUUUAUGGAGCUUGAUAAUACUAUUUCAUAUAAGUGCACAUGUAAUUUUGAGGACAGUGAGAGUGAAGCUCACAUUUAUGACAGCAGCCGAAUCAGUACAAAUACUUUUACCAAGGCCAAGUUGAUGAGUAUUCAUCUGUCUCAAUUGAUGCUACAGCAUAGAAUUGCUAGAGCAGCAUAUAGAGACAUUGUUCAAUUUAUAAACACUGUCAUUUGA